AAUCUAAUUAAGUUGCGUGGAGCCAUUUUCCACUUUGUGUCACCACUUGCUUGCCUCUUCCUUCCUUUCUUUGUGUGUUUUUGAAACAGCUUUUGCUUCUUUAUCACUCUGCAACAUAACACAACACAACAACAACAUUUGUACGAUCAAAUCCUUCAACGAUUUCAUUGUCUCCACAUAAAUAAUAUUCAUUAAACAAAUCAAAACACCAUCUCUUGCUGUUUUUUCAAGCUUUGGUUUUUAUGUUAGUUGCUAUUUUUCUCAUAUACUCAAAAAAAGUCAAUGCACCCUUUUUAUUUUCUACUUACACCCCCCAUUUGGAUCUAAAUCUCUUUUAGUUCAUUCCCAAUUGUGAAGCUUCUUAAAACCUUCUUGGGUCUUCACCAAUUACCAUAAAGACUGAUUUUUUCUGAUUUUUUUUAGCUUUUGUUAUGAAUUUCUCAUAUGGGUCAUUUUAUUUUUCAUGGUUUUGAGAUUGGUGCUUCUGAUAAAAAGGGUGGGGCAUACAAGUAUUAUUAUUUUUGUCUAAUGUAGACAAACUUUGAGAUCCAAGAGUACAAGAUUCAUAAAAUAUUCUUAAGGACUUAGUCAUGUAUAAACCAUUUGUGACAUGUGAUGAUCCAAAAGGAGUUGUUGAAUGUGGGACUAUAAUGAGAUAUAGGACAAUUAAGGACAAGUCAAAGAGUCGGAGGCCGGCCGAAAAUUUACAGGCAUCAUUGACAAAUAAAUCAGACAAAGAGAAGAAGGCAUCGAAAGGCUCGAAUGUAAGAGAUUUCGAUCCGUCUUCGUUGCAGCUUGUAGAGGUGUCUAGAGGAGCUGAAAAGUUGAACAACAUGAUUGAGUCAUGGUCUAGAGGUUUAAGGUAUGAUGGAAAAUCAGAAGAUAUUGCAAAGGAUUUGUUGAAAGGUGCUCUUGAUUUGCAAGAAUCGCUCGAGAUGCUUCGAAAGGUGCAAGAAGCUUCGCAUAAUAUGGCUCGGUCGAAGAGAAAACAAGACGAGAAACGCGUUGAUGCGAAGGUGAUGAUGGAUAGAACAAGACCAAUGUGUGCUAAUCAAUUUGAUGAACAUAACUAUUCAAUUGGAGUUCAAAGAGAGGAACUUAAGAAAGUGAUUAAGGAGAGUUUGGUUAGACAGAAUCUAUUUCCAAGCACAAGCUAUGAAGGAUUGGAUUCGGCUUCUGCUUCAGCUUCAGCUUUUCCUUCAACCAGCUCAAGUCAAUCUUCUGUUGUUUGGUAUGACAAGCUUUCUGAUUCUUCUUUGUCACCAAAUAUUCCAAAGAAGGAAAGAGGUAGUACCAAUCUUGUUGCAAAGUUGAUGGGAUUAGAACAAGUUCCUUCAAGAUCAUUUCCAUCUAUUAUGCAGAAACAAUUGGAAAGUUCAAAGAUUGUGAAUCAAAAGAGACCUGUUUUUGAGAUUGACAUGCCUAAGAUAAGAAAGCAUAGCUCAAUAGUAGAAAAGGUUAAUCUGCAAAGACCAAAGACUCUGAGGGAAAUUCUUGAGACUACUCAUUUCAAUGGAAUGUUGAAGAAUAGUAGUCCUGUUAGAGAUCACACGCUUCGUGUCGAACAUUCUGAUGAUCUCCAUUACGAACAUUUUGAUGAUUUACCACCUAUUGUACUCAUGAAACCUCGGUAUGGUUCGUAUCAGGAACGCACGAAAACUUAUGAGCAAGUUCCUCAAGAAGAGUUAUCCUUUAGAAAUCUAAAAGAAAAAGAAGUCUCUUCAAAAACCUUCAAACCAAGGGAAGGUUCAACUACCAACAUGAGAAAAGAAAUGGAAGAAAAUAUAUCCAAAAGGCUUGAAAGACCGAAGCGAAUCAAAGAGGUUGUUGAAGUUGAUGUGAAAGAAAUCAAGCCUGUCGAAAAUGAGAAGGCUUCGCGAGGCAAAAGCGAAACAGUUGAUAGAAAAGUUAAGGUAAAGACCAUUACAGUUAGAAGAAAGCCAUUAGAAAAGGAGGUUUCAAAAACUAAAGUUGUGACAAAAGCUCAAGAACAAGUAGGAAUCAUCUCUAGUAGUGAAAAGUCGAAGAAGCCGCGAAGUGUGUCAAGAAUUGACAAGAAUGAGAUUCCAUACAGAAAGAGCACUGCUUCAAAUUCAAAUGCAUAUUCAAAUACAAUUCCAAAACCAAAGACACAAAAGAUUAUCAACUCAAGGGAACAGAAGAAGAGUCAAAUGAAGAAGCAAAGGUCUAUUGAUGAGGCUGAAGUAGCUAAACCAUUUGAUGAACAAUUAAGGCAUGAAGAAGCAAAGAGUAUUGAUGUUUCUUGUAAUGAUGAUUGUGCUGAGAUUAAAAUAAUCACUACAAUAACUGAAGAUCUCACCACUAUGGAUCAUGAAGUAGACACCUAUGCAAACAAUGAAACUAGAGAUAAUGGUGAGGAGGGUCAAAACUCUUCAUGUGAUGAAGUUUUGAAGCUAACUUGUGAACAUGAAAAUGAUGCCGUCCCCACUGCGGAAGCUCGCGACACAGCGAGUAUCGAUGAAACCGAUCUUAAGCAUGACAAAGAAAGUUCUGAGUUGAAAUAUUUGCUUCUAACAAGUAAAUCAUUCAUUAACCAUGCAGAGGAGCUUCUCAAUCUUGAUAUUGAUUAUCCUAAGAUCCAACCAAAGAUUGAAACAAAUGGAAUAUCCAACAAUACCAAACUCUAUUUGGAUUGUGCAAAUGAACUCACUUUGAGAAAAAGCCUUCAAGAGUCACAAACAGUUCACCCUUUAUUGCUAACAUGUGUAGGAAAUUCAAGAUUGAGAAUAUCUUUAGGAAGCUUAGUUGAAGAAGUUAACGAUGCAAUCGAAAAUCUAACAUCGUAUAGCGAAAAUUCGGAGUCUAAACUCAUUUUGGAUAAUGUUUGUGAAAUGCUUGAUAGAGAUUUGAAGUGCAACAAUAGAGUGAUGAAUGGAAUAUGGAACUUUGGUUGGAGACAUGGAUUUUCUUGUGAUGAAGUUGAACAAGUUGUGAAUGAAGUAGAGAUUAUGGUUUUAGGUGGAUUAAUUGAAGAUGUAAUUGUAAAUUUAUGAUUAACAUAUUUUGAGACAUUUUGUUGUCAUAUAAAGUCCUUAGAUUAAUCAUCAUCUUUACCUUGUUGUAUAUAUAAGGACUAAUGGAAUUGACACAUGAUAGAAGAGUAUAAUAACUUGGCUGCAUAAGUUGCAUAGUUUUGCUAUGAAUUUUUUUUUUUA